AUGGGGAGCGCCAUUCUAGCCGGAGCUCCAAGUCACAGCAUUUCUCUCGUCAAGGUAGGCGCUAGGCCGAGUAGAAGCAAUCAGAGGUUUCGCGAGGCCGGGGGUGGAGAUUUUAGCUCUUCCCAUCGCCACGCUUGCGCUCGACCUAGAGCUUCUUCUUUCACUCCAAGCCUCGUCUCUCAAGCACCAAAUGCGAGAGUAAACAAAGAGGAGAGUGUAGAGAUUCUUCUUUUCAACACAAUGAGCAGGGAGAAGGAAGUGUUUCGGCCGAGAAUUCCUGGGAAGCUUAGCAUGUAUGUGUGUGGAGUCACUGCUUACGACUAUAGCCACAUUGGUCACGCCAGGGUCUACGUUUUCUUCGAUGUUCUUUACAGAUACUUUCCAUUCAUGGGAUACGAGGUAACGUACGUGCGGAACUUCACAGAUAUCGAUGACAAGAUUAUAAAACGAGCCAACGAUCUUGGAGAUGAUCCCAUCGAGUUAAGCAAUCGCUUUUGCGACGAGUUCCACCGGGACAUGGCUUCGCUACGAUGUCUAGCACCGUCACUGGAGCCUCGAGUCUCCAGAAACAUCGACCAGAUCAUUAAAAUGAUCUCGCAGAUCCUGGAGAAUGGAUAUGGAUACGUUCUUGACAAUGGCGACGUCUAUUUCUCUCUAGACAAGUUCGUGCCAGCGUUCCCGGAUUCCUAUGGUCGCUUGUCUGGCAGAAAACUCGAUGAUAAUCGUGCUGGCGAGCGGGUUGCUGUCGACGACAGAAAGCUGAAUCCAGGAGACUUCGUGCUCUGGAAGAGCUCUAAAGAUGGCGAGCCUUCUUGGGAGAGUCCAUGGGGAGCUGGGAGGCCGGGGUGGCAUAUCGAGUGUAGUGCCAUGAGCGGUGCUACACUGGGAAGCUCUUUCGACAUUCAUGGCGGAGGAAUGGAUCUAAUAUUUCCACACCACGAGAAUGAGAUUGUCCAGAGCCGGGCAGCGUGUCACGAGAGCAAUGUCACGUACUGGAUGCACAAUGGCUUUGUCACAGUGGACUCGGAGAAGAUGUCAAAGUCUCUUGGUAAUUUCUUCACGAUCCGCGAGGUUUUCGAGCUCUACCAUCCUCUGGCUCUAAGAUGGUUUCUACUUUGCACACACUAUCGAUCUCCGAUCAAUUAUUCGGAAUCCCAGCUACAGAACGCUUCGCAACGUCUCUUCUAUUUAUACCAGACUUUGUUUGAUGCAAAGAGAUGCGUCGAGGGUUCGCAAAAGGAAGAGAAAAGCUACGUGGUUUCACAGAAAGCUGCCGAGAUCGCGAAGGCUUUGAGACUGUCCCUGAGAUCGUCUCUAGCAGACGACUUAAACACGCCUGUGACAAUAGGAGCGCUCUCGGAGCCAUUGAAGCUGAUGAACGAGCUUCUACAUUCUAAAAAAGGUCGCAAAGAUAAGAGUCGUUACUCGUCUCUAGAUCUUCUUCGUCUGGAAGUGGAACAAGCGCUGGAAGUUUUGGGAUUUUCCGUGGCGGACUACUCACAGGUUCUAGAAGAGCUUCGAAGCAAGGCCUUGAAACGAGCUGGAUUGACAGAGGACGAGCUUCUACUCCAAAUUCACGAGCGAGCAGCCGCCAGAGCCUCCAAGGAUUUUGGAAAAUCAGACGAAAUCAGAGACAAGCUCUCGUCGCUGGGGAUCUCUCUCAUGGACGGAGGCGGGGAUGAAACGCUCUGGCGUCCCAGUGUGACAAGCGAAGAAUGUUUCUAGAUGAAGUAUCUGGCCGGAAUUUAAACUCCCCGUUGUGGCUAAUUAAAGUAUUUGUAGAAUAUUCUUUUAGGGCUUAAGAGAAAAGAGAGAAUGCAAGCGCUGCUCGUCCGCGUUGCGAGGACGACGACGGGGCAGCUAUGGGGGAAUGCGUCUCGCCGAUCGAAAUUUACCUUGAAUCACAGCGAAUCUGGCGGCGUGGAUGCGUUCUUUGAAGCGGGGCGAGGCCCCGAUCCAAAGAAGGGGGACUACUGUGGAAGGAGCUGGCGCACCGAGGAGUUGCGGAUUAAAUCGUGGGACGAUCUCCACAAGCUGUGGUAUGUUCUCUACAUCGAGAAGAACAUGCUCUUGUCCCAAGUUCUCAUGCUCAAGUCGCAAAACAUUAAAAUCGCUGCCAGGGACCGGAUUGACAAGGUGAAGCUGUCAAUGCAUAGACUCAAGCACGUCCUCUCCGAGAGAGCUCUCGCGGAAAAGGAUCGAAGAAAGAGGAACGUUCUCAAGAAGCUUGUCAAUGGCCGAUGAUCAAACCAGUGUUUUCGUCA